GAUCUUUCCGACGAUAUCCCAGCCUUGGAAACACAGCGAUCGUAACACAAACAACCGGAAAGACAAAUGCUGUUUUUGCCAUUAAAACACAGUAAGGGGUGAAUUUAGCUUUUUGUUAGUGAAGUGGAACUUUGAAGAACAAAGGCGACUGAAACUACUGACAUAGGUAGAAAGCGCUGGCUUAUAAAAGUAUUUCUGAGCACAGUACAUUUAGUUUUAAGCUCCGCCUAUGCCAUGGCUUAACUCCUGUGCGUACAGACAAAACGUAUUCUUUCCGCACAGUUGGAUAGUCGUUCGCUUUUUUAUAGAACGCGUUAGUAAUAAGUGAAUGAUCUACGCUUGCUUUGUACCAUUUUAUUACGUUAAUUCUUUCAACUUUUUUUCUGGUUAUCCGAAUAUCCUGUUUGUUUUUUUUAUCAACAGACGAACGUUUUCUGGUAUUGCAAAGAGCUAUUCUCAGAAUCGUAUAAUUUUGCUUUUGGACUCACCCAAACGUAUUAUACUUGUAUUAAUAUACGAGUACUGGUUGAAGGAAGGGCUUUAAAACCGGUUUCCAACCAACGUGGCGUGAUGAGAUGGAUCAUCUACAGUAUAAUGAAAGCGAAUUCAAGGCCGAUGACUGCUGCCGUUGUCCUCCACUAUAGCUUAAGAGAACACACUGAGGAAAAAACACAUUAGAUCUACCGUUACAUCAGUAAUAUUUUCUGCUGAAAUAUCGAUUACACCCAGAAGAAGGCGAUGAAAUUCCGCCACACAUCGGAUAGUUCUGAAUUUCCUCAUCAUUUUGACCACAAAAAAUUGGAAGUAAACGUUCCAGACAAACAGGCGUCUGUUCCGUGUUAUGGGUACGGCCUGCUGUGUGUGGCCGAAAGCGGCCGAAAGCACCUUGAAAAGAACGUUGGCUGUGGGGAAUUUUAAGUUACCUGCUGUUUUCCCAUAAGAACUCAUCUUUUCCUCUAAUCGGUAAGGGUGUGGAAGGACUUCUAGUCGGCCGCCAAGUGUGCUAAGACGUGGUUGUACUUCCUCGGACGGUCGGUGUUCAAGUGGGAAGCAUUUUCAUUUUGUUCUUUCAAACCGAAAUUGAAGUUGCCCAGCAAAGUCGGCUCUUUACGUUUUAAUGACAAACAUGCGUAUCUUGCAAUUCUUAUCCGCCCUUCUUCUGCUUCUCAUCCAACCAAAAAUUGCCCUUGGUGAUGUUUUUUCUGCUGUUGCGGGCAUGGAGGUUCUCGUAGCUACAGAAUCAGAGCUGGUUAAGCACCUUGAUACUUAUAUCCAGGAAGAGGAGAACAGGAUGAAACAACUGAGAGGAUUUCUCAAAGAGUACGAAAGCAUGAAUCAAGAGGCCAGUGUAGAUGCGUCGAAAUAUUUGGCUAAUCCAAUCAAUGCUUAUUUGCUAGUUAAACGCCUUACGUCUGAUUGGAAAAAGGUGGAAAAGGUCAUGUCUCAAAAUUCUGGGUCUGCGUUUGUCAAAAACAUUACCCAACAUCGCAGCGUGUUAUUGUUUCCAUCUGAUGACGAUUUGAAGGGAGCAGCAGUAGCCCUCAUGAGACUGCAAGAUACUUAUAAAUUGGAUACUCAUGCUUUAGCUGAAGGAAAUCUGUUGGGAAAGAAGUAUUCUCGCCAUCUUACUGCUGGCGAUUGCUGGGAACUUGGCCGCCAAUCCUACAACAACGGUGACCACUACCACACCGUUCUUUGGAUGGCAGAAGCUUUGAACAAGUUUGAAAAAGAGUCGAGCAAAACUGUUGCAAAGGAAAAUAUUCUCGAUUACUUAGCUUUUUCUACCUUCAAACAAGGUAAUUUAGAAGAAGCGUUACAGUUGACUGAUGAGUUGCUCAACAUUGUUCCAUACCACGAACGUGCAAUUGGCAACAAAAAACAUUACGAAAAACUUCUUCGUCAACGGGUAAUCGUCUAUCGAAAAGGAGAAGGUGUAAAUGCAAAUUUAAGCGAGCCCUUCAACACGGCCAACCUGAAAUUGACAAAACCCGCAGGAAGCACCGACAACUGGGAUGUGUAUGAAAAGCUGUGCAGAGGUGAGAAGUUAAUGGAUCUCAGAAUAGAAGGAAGUCUCCGUUGUCGUUACAUAACCAGGAAUGUGCCCUUCUUUUUCAUCCAGCCGAUUAAGAUGGAAGAGGCUUCCCUUAAACCACUAAUCGUCGUUUACCACGAUGUUAUUUCCGAUGAAGAAAUAGCGACUGUGAAGAAACUGGCGCAACCCAAGUUUCAACGAGCAACCGUUCAGAAAAGAGAGACAGGUGAACGUGAAGUAUCUACAUUUCGAAUCGCAAAAUCUUCGUGGUUAAAAAAUGAAGAACACGAGUAUGUACUGAAGAUUGAUCGUCGUAUUGGCGACAUUACAGGACUUGACAUGGCCACGGCUGAGGAUCUACAAGUAUGCAAUUACGGCAUUGGAGGGCAUUACGAGCCUCACUACGAUUACGCCAGAAAAGGCGAAGUUCAGAAAGACUUUGGAUGGGGCAAUCGGAUUGCCACUUGGCUAUUUUAUAUGAGUGACGUCGAGGCUGGCGGCGCGACUGUCUUCCCAAAGCUCAACCUUUCCUUAUGGCCAAAAAAAGGAAGCGCUGCCUUUUGGUAUAACCUGGAUCCAAAUGGUGAAGGCAACGACUUUACCCAGCAUGCUGCCUGUCCUGUCCUUACUGGAUCUAAAUGGGUUCUUUCCAGUGUCAAAUAAAUGGAUUCACGAGCGAAACCAAGAAUUUCGUCGUCCUUGCGGUUUGCAGCCUGAUUCCGAAAUGUUGUGAUUAGUUGUUGAUUUUAAAUUGUGAUGUUGUUGAUUAGUUCUAAUAAAAUUUUGCGUUCGAUAAGUGUGAUGAUCAUAGACUCUGAAUAUGUCCACUACUGACUUGUUUUUCCUUGUUGAAAUUCCCAUUACUGUAGUAUAACAUAUGCUAUUGAAUAGAUCAUAAAUUUCCAAUAAAUAGAUAGAUACGGA